AUGCUGAGGUUGGUGGAGAAGGCGUUGUCGGAUCGCGGCAUCACUUCGGUGGUAUACACAGGCGACCUGACGCGGGCGAAGCGGGAUCGGGCGAUUCGCGAGUUCCAACAAACGGACGGCGGGCCGCAGGUGUUUUUGGCGUCGUACGGUGCGGGUUCAACGGGGUUGACGUUGACUGCGGCGAACGUAGUGUACCUCCUUGACCCCUGGUGGAACCCUUUCACGGAGGACCAGGCUAUCGACCGUGUCCACCGCAUCGGACAGACGCGACCUGUGCGGAUCUAUAAAGUGACCAUGGCCGAAAGCAUCGAGCAAGGGGUGGUCGCUUGUCAAACUUCAAAACGAAAGGCAAGCGAAGGCAUCCUCGGCAGCAGCGCUGGCCGGCCUACUGCCAGUGUCGGAGUCAGUGUCGGCGAACUCUCCGCUCUUCUCAGCUCUCGACGGUAA